GAAUCUGCCAGGAACUGGAAUCAACGCUGGGCUGCCUGCGCUCUCUGCGCUGCCCGUUGCCAUAGGAACAGCUGGCAGCCGGAAGUGGGGCUGCGCGGGCGCUUCCCCUUCCGGGUCGGCGCCCUUACUGGCUCCUCGUGGAGAAAGCUGCAUGGGCCACCGCUUCCUGCGCGGUUUCUUGCCUGUGCUGUUGCUGCCGCCACCCCGCCGGAGCCCGCAUCUCAAGCUCAACCUGGAGCCCGUCUCACCUUCCAAACGACCCCGCAGCCACCUCAUGGCUCCGCCCCGAAUCGGGACACACAACGGCACCUUCCACUGCGAUGAGGCGCUGGCGUGCGCGUUGCUGCGCCUCCUGCCGGAGUACCGGGAUGCAGAGAUUGUGCGGACCCGAGACCCCGAGAAACUGGCUGCUUGUGACAUCGUGGUCGACGUGGGUGGCGAGUACGACCCUCAGAGACACCGAUAUGACCAUCACCAGAGGUCUUUCACAGAGACCAUGAGCUCCCUGUCCCCUGGGAAGCCGUGGCAGACCAAGCUGAGCAGUGCGGGACUCAUCUAUCUGCACUUCGGGCACAAGCUGCUGGCCCAGUUGCUGGGCACUAGCGAAGAGGACGGCAUGGUGGGCACCCUCUAUGACAAGAUGUAUGAGAACUUCGUGGAGGAGGUGGAUGCAGUGGACAAUGGGAUUUCCCAAUGGGAGGAGGGAGAGCCUCGGUACCUGCUGACCACCACGCUGAGCGCCAGGGUUGCUCGGCUUAAUCCCACCUGGAACCAGCCAAACCAAGACACUGAGGCUGGGUUCAAGCGUGCAAUGGACCUGGUUCAAGAGGAGUUUCUGCAGAGACUAGAUUUCUACCAGAACAGCUGGCUGCCAGCCCGAGCCCUGGUGGAAGAGGCCCUGGCAAAGAGGUUCCAGGUAUGCGCCUGGGAGGAGGCACUGUGGCCCUGGUUAGUGAGUACUGGCAGGCUGCUGGCCUGUUUGGGCUUAUGUUCCUACCCUGAGCCUUCUGUCCCGGCUCCACUUCCUUUUCAGGUGGACCCAAGUGGGGAGAUAAUAGAACUGGCAAAAGGUGGCUGUCCCUGGAAGGAGCACCUCUAUCAGCUGGAAUCGGGGCUGUCCCCCACAGGGACCAUCGCCUUUGUUAUCUACACAGACCAGGCUGGACAGUGGCGGGUACAGUGUGUGCCUAAGGAGCCCCAUUCGUUCCAGAGCAGGCUGCCCCUGCCAGAGCCAUGGCGGGGUCUUCGGGAUGAGGCCCUGGACCAGAUCAGUGGAAUUCCUGGCUGCGUCUUUGUCCAUGCCAGCGGCUUCAUUGGUGGGCACCGUACCCGAGAGGGCGCCCUGAGCAUGGCCCGUGCCACCUUGGCCCAGCGCCCAGCACCUACGCCUGCCCAAGAUCCCCUAGUCCAAUAAAACUUCUUCCAUCUCA